AUGCAACACCGCAGCAGCAACCACUCCCCACACUCGACGCAGCAGCAGCAGCAGCAGCAGCAGCAGCAGCAGCAGCGCGGCCACAGGGAAUGCAGACUGCAUAAGACACAACUGAUUAUGCACAAAACACGCUCUCGUGAGGACAAAAAAACCAACUUGAGGAUCAAAACGCCAGCACAGCAGCAGCAGCAGCAGCAGCAGCACUCUGCUCCAGCAGCAUCACGCAGCAGCAGCAAAACCAGGAGCAGCACGAAAAGCAGCAGCAGCAACAGCAACACCAACACUUCGAACGGAGAAAGAAAAAAGACAAAAGAAACAAAGAGCAUUUCUUCACGUCUGCCAACCUUCCCUCUGCAGCAGCAGCGGCAGUGUCAGCAGGAGCAGCCUAAGGAGGAGCAGCAGCGAAGCAGCAUCAGCUGCUGCCCGGGCCUCAGCAGCAGCAGGCGCAGCAGCAGCAGCAACGCCGCCGCAGCCCAGCAGCAGCAGCAGCAGCAGCAGCAGCAGCAGCAGCAGCAGCAGCAGCAGCAGGGGGCAAUGGGCUCCGUAGCCUCGGGGCCCUUGGCGCCCGCAGACGUGGGGGCCCUCACCCCCGCCUGCCGCGAGCGGCUGCUGGAGCAGCAGGGGAUUGCUGCAGCAGCAGCAGGAGGUCCUGCUGCUGCUGCUCUGGUGGUGCAGCAGCUGCUGGGGAUGGGGGAGGAGGGCGACGGCCGUGCUGCGCUGUACAACUUCUUUGCUGGCAGCAGGUGGGCUGCUGCGCUGCAGCAGCCGCCAGAUGCAGCAGCAGCAGCAGCAGCAGCAGCAGCAGACCCCCAGCUGCUGCAGCGCGAGCAGGAAGCCCUGCAGCGGCUCGCGCGGCAGCAGCAGGAAGAAGAAGAGCUGGACGCGCUGUGCGCAGCAGCAGCAGCAGCAGCAGUCAGCUCCCCAGAAGCAGCAGCAGCGCUCAAGCUGCCAGCAGCAGCAGCAGAAGUUCCAGAGGCGCAGGUAGCGUACGUUCAACCCACAGGGACACUAACAGCAGCAGCAGCAGCAGCAGCAGCUGCUGCUGCUGCUGCUGCUGACGCAACGGGGCCCCGCCGCGUCUGCUCUGGCUGCCUGCAGCAGCAGCAGGCGCUGCAGGUAGCAGCAGCACCUGCUGCGCUGCUAGCGGAGGGGCCCCACGGCAGCGAGGCCCCCAACGUGUUAGGUUUGGUCUAUGAUGGGCCCCCCAGCAGCAGCAGCAGCAGCAGCAGCAGCAGCAGCAGCAGGAGCGUUGGGGAGUUGAAGGAGCAGCAGAAGCAGCAGCAGCAGCACAGCGGCAGCAGCAACUCGACCGCCACCCCCCUGGGCCUCAGCAGGAGCUGCAGCAAGGCCUCACUGGCCUCCAGCAGCAGCGCAGCAACGGACGGCGAAGAGGAGCAGCAGCUGCUGCAGCAACUGCUGCAGCAGCAGCUGCAGCAGCAUGCAGCAGCAGCAGCGCCCCUCCACGGCGCCGUAGUGUACGAGGUGCCGAGACACCGCAGGGGCGGGCCUCGCCAGCGCAGCAAAAAGCACCCGAAGCAGUCCAGGAAGCAGCAGCAGCAGCAGCAGCAGCAGCAGCAGCAGCAGGAAGAACAGCCCGGCAGCGGACGCAGGGUGGUGGUCUCCGCAGAGCGCCUGCAGCGCUGCAGCCCGCAGCAGCAGCAGCAGCAGCACCAGCAGCAGCAGCAGCAGCAGCAGCAGCGCGAGGCCUCCCCGCCUCCUGCCACCCUGCGCAUGGACUCGCAGCAACUCAGCUUCGAUGAGGCCCACUUCGACUUCUUGGCUUCCAAGCCGGUCCCACAGCAGCAGCAGCAGCAGCAGCAGCAACAGCAGCAGCAGCAGCAGCAGCUGCAGCGGCAGCGCAGCAGCAGCAGCAGCAGCUACUUCAGGACCUCCACCUUUCAGCGCACAGCGCAGUCGUGGGUGCCGCAUGCUGCUGCUGCUGUCGGCGCUGUGCGCGAGAAGCACCGCAGCGGGGAGCAGCAGCAGCAGCAGCAGCAGCAGCAGCAGCAGCAGCAGCAAAAGGAAGGCCCUGCAAAUUGGUGGAUGGACAUACAGAAGACCUUCUCGAGCAUAUUCACCCCGGGUCAGGAGAACGGUGGUGCUGCUGCUGCUGCUGCAUCUGCAGCAACAGCAGCAGCAGGAGGCAACGAGCAGCAGCAACUGCAUGCUGCAGCGGCAGGCGCAUCAGCAGGAGCUGCAGCCACAGCAGCAGCAGCAGCAGCAGCAGCAGCAGCAGCAGCAGCGCCGCUGCUGAAGGCCCCUCUCGGCUUCUCUUUCUCCCCUGCGGGCCUCUUAGCCCCAUAUCACUUUGGAGUUUUGAGUUUCCUUUGCGAAGCAAAUGUAGUGAACCAAUACACUCCCCUUGCAGGAGCCUCGGCGGGGGCUUUAGCUGCUGUUUUGGGGGGUCUGCGUCUUCGCUUUUCGACUUCCAUUUCUUCAAUGAAGAGAAUGGGUGCGGACCUGAGAGCAGCAGGCACUGCACACCGGCUGGCGUCAGUGCUGAAGCGGGAGCUGCGGGCGACGCUGCCGGAAGACGCCGCCGAAGUUCUGGGCCAGCGUCCCGGAGAUGUGACAGUAACCUACACCACC